AGUAGAUUCUCUCAACGUCACUUUAUGCGGCUAUGGAACGUAGUCAUCCCCUGGGGCGCUGCACAAGGCGCUAUAGUCUUGAGGAGAGUUUCCAACUGCUCCUUUCCCAGGCAACCCAAAGUGGAUCGCCCUGUGCAUGCUCCUGCCUAUUUGGAAGCUUACGAACUCAUGGAGGAAAAUGCUGACAUGAUUUUUGACCCGAGAGACAUGAUGAGUGAGCGGGCUUAUGACUCCACAUCGGUCUCCAGGGGAAACAGCACUGGUCAGCCCCAUCCCGCCUCAGACCUGCCGGGGCCUCGCGCCUGGCCCAUCGUCGGCUGCCUGCCCUACAUGCUGCGGCAUCCAGCCUUCGACCCGGACCGCGUGUAUGUGUUCUGGCAGGCAGUGAGGGACGAGUUUGGUCCCACAUUCCGCAAGGACAUGCCAGGUCAUUCUCAACUGGUGUUCAUCACGCAGCCGGAAGAUUUGGAGACGCUGCUACGGACCACGCUGUACAAUCCGCUGCGUCCAGCAAUGGCGUCUCUGAAGCGAGUGCGCAGCGACGGAGGCGCUGAUGGAAGGCACCACGCUCAUGACCACAUUUUCCAGGGACGGGCUGGAAUUCUUGCCGAGCAGGAGGAAGAGUGGUGGCGGGUGCGGCGCGUAGUGCAGCGACCCCUCACUGCCUCUCCGCUGGUGGCCCAGUACCUGCCCGAAAUGGAUGAUGUUGCGAAGGACUUCGUUGCCAGAAUACGAGCCCUGAGGGAUCAGCAGAGCGGAGAAGUGCCUGAGACCUUCAACACAGAACUGUACAAGUGGAGCCUGGAGUCUCUCGGAACCAUCGCCUUGAACCGUCGGUUAGGAUGUCUGCAGCAACAGAAGCACGAAGAGGCACACGAGAAUAGUGGUGGUGGUGAUGAAGGUGAACUACACCCUCUCCGCCUGAUUCGCCUUGCCAAGCAACUGCUGGGAGCCCUACACGAAACGGAGAACGUUAAAUUGUGGAAGUACUUCCCUACAACCUCCAUCAUGCGUCUACAAGAGGCACACCAGGUCUUUACAGAUGUAGCCCUGCAAGCCAUACAAGCUACAGAGCAGCAAGAAGCGGCCCGACAGCGGCAGGGUGAGGAUGGGGUGAUACCUUCCACCAGUCUGCUGGGGAUGCUACUGGCCACCCCACAGCUCAGCAGGGAAGACGUGCUUACCUUCAUCCUUGACUUGAUAGCUACGGGAAUCGACACGACAAGCCAUGCAGUGGGCAACUUGCUGUACCUGUUGGCACGUCACCCGCACGUGCAGCGGCGGGUGCACGAGGAGGUGAUCAGAGAGGUGGGGCGCCCACAGCAUCUUCUGCCUGAGCAUCUCACCGCCCUCACCUACACAAAGGCAGUUUUCCGGGAGUCCUUGCGGUUGAUGCCUGUUAACGUGGGUAUCGUGCGCACACUCACCUGUGACACAGUGCUCGGCGGCUAUCACGUACCCCGAGGGUGGGAGGUGGUGGCGCCCACAAUGCUCCUGAACCACCGGGAAGACGUGUUCCCCCGCGCCAAGGAGUUCUUGCCUGAGAGGUUUUUGCGUGGUUCACCCUGGGCACCGCGGCACAACUUCGGCUUCCUACCCUUUUCUUAUGGCCCCAGAAUGUGCAUCGGCAGGAAGAUUGCUUAUCAGGAGAUCUUUUGCUUCAUCAUUAGGGUAUUGGGUGAGAUGCACGUUGACUACAAGUACCAGGACAUCCACUUGGUGAACCGCCUCAGCUACGGUCCCUCGUCUCCCCUGCGCUUCACCUUCACCGACCGAUAAGGAACAUCGGAACAUUAAGGCCUUAAAGAAUGAAAAAUUAAAGAAAUCAGAAAAAAAAAAAAUGUAAUAUUGUCUGGUUCUCACCACCACCACCAUGAAUUAUCACCACUAUUAUUGAACCCACCAUGAACCACCACUACCACCACCACUGCACCCACCCAUGAACCACCACCACCAUAAACAUCUUGGACCACCAAAAUUUCCACUGGACUUACUCAACGGUUGUUCUGAUAUUUGUUACCUUCCCGAAAAAUAGCAUAGUAUGUAAAAGCCAAAAUAUGAAAACGUUGAUGUAAUAAGAUAGUACAGUCGUCGGUCAGAAGUCACGCGCUCAUUCCUCUUGCCUUCAGUACUUUCCCUCGGUGAGCUUUCUGGUGUGGUGACUCUCCUUGCCAACCCUGACUAAUGAUGGAUUCUCAGCAGAACAGAAGAUUUUAGACAGAGAACCGAAAAUGGUCCAUAUAGUGAGAAUGAGUGUAACGUUGCUUGGUCAUCAGCCAUGUAUACCUUUCGUGGCAUAAUCAUUUUUUUGCACGAGGAACGGGAAUACCUGGCGCACUAUAUGUCCCUGUCUUCUUCCUUAUCAAGCAGGAUUGGAGUAAUUACAAUUCAAAUUCUCAAUUGCAAUUACAGUUACUUACAAAAAUUUAAAAUUAGUUAUAAUUAUGAUUAGUCCAGUGAGGUUCAAUUACAAUUACUGCAAAAGUUCAAUUACAAUUACAAUUACUGCAAAAGAAAAUCAGUCUUAAUCACAAUUCCGAUUACAAAUUCCCAAA